GAGGAGGCAGAAGACGGGAGGAGGAGGCAGAAGACGGGAGGGAUAACGGUGAAGUACACGGAGAGUGUAUUUGCUAAAACCGCCUGUAAAAGUUCGCGUACAUGAUCGGCUAGAUCAUUAAAAAGUAACUGUAUAGGUGGGAAAGUUUGUCGGUGGUUAAGUGUAACUUCGGAGUGAAGUUAACGGCUUGGGACACUGACAGAGGUUAAGAGAGUUCGCGCACGGUGGGUAAAGGUGCCUAUGGUGGACGGAGCUGAAGUGUUAGCGGACAGCUAACAACGGGAGUGCCGGGCCAGCGACCCAGAGGACGCCGGAUUCGCCGGACUUUUGCACUGGACUCAUCUAACAUCGCGACGGACGGAUGCCGAUGGAUUCUCCUCAUCUUCAUCGUACAGGAUUUCCACUUCUGUGAUUCAGUGAUAUCCCGAAGGUUCCGGUACCUGGUUAUCUUCCAUAUGUGGGAAGCCGCUAUUCGGCGGGGCUACAGCGCACACGAGCGGCGUACGGGCCUGCAACGACGGCGUCCCUGCAUACCAGGACAGACAGCCUGCCAGCAAGCCCGCCUAAUCCUCACCCUAUACAUUAACAAUUUUUUUUGCUUUUUUCCGUUUUUUGUGGAACCUACACAAUGAAUUGCAUUGAAAACAUUGUCAGGGGAUUGUUAUAACUGGCUGUUUUAAGGAGUCGGUCAGGCAUCUGUAAGAAUGUAACGCUCAGUUAUUCAUAUUUUUUAAUUUUUCAUUACUUGCACUAUUCCUGCCACCACCCCUUUCUGACAGCACAAUCCCCGAGGCUGUGUGGGGCUGGGAGGGAGGGGUCAUAUUUCUUCAGCUAUAUAAAAAGUCAGGAUUAAGUGACAUUUUAGUCACAUUUUGCAUGGAUGUUUAAAUGCAGCAAGCUCCUAAGAGGACAGGGUUAUAUUAGUGUGUAAGAUAAUCAAUAUAAGUUAUUUAUGAAAAGGCUACAUUUUGUGUUUUUUCAUUUAACAUACAGUAUUACAGAAAUACAAAGUGCACAUUUAAUUAUUCAUCUUAGUACUUGAAGGAAGCAUCAUCUGCAGCCACAAGUCCACUGAUCAUCUUCUGUCUUUGGCCAGAUUCAGAACUUCAGACGUUCCACCAUCUUCUCAAGGAAGCAGCAGAAGUAGGAGCUCAUCACCACAAAUAAGCUCCACUCCUUUGGAGAGAGACAGCAGAAGCGAGUGCAGGUUACAGGAAAAGAUCAUUUCUGAAGCAGAAAAUGGCAAUUGUAGUUGGUUUCGGUCCACUUGAAGCCUUCAUUGGGGCAGAAGAGGGAGUGGCUCUGACUGAUGUCGAUGACAAAUACUGGAGUCCAGUUGACCGGAGGGGAGUAUAUACUAUUGCAUGCUGCAAGGAGACGAAAGACCCUUCAUGCAAGUUUUUCUUAGAAAAGAUUGGGGACCAUAAAGUUCGUAUGAGUGAUCUGAGAGGGGUAUACCUCAGUCGAGUUCACAGAGAUGGUGUCGACUUUAUUGAGACAUCUAAGAAUCCCUCCGACGCAUUUUGUGAAUUUGAGGUUUUCACAAAAAGUGAGAAGGUUUUGUUUAAAGCUGACAAUGGUAAAUUUCUGAGUCGUGCUACCCGUGGACACCUCAACAUCGAAGCUGCCAAGGACGGGCCAGACAAGUAUUGUGAAUUUACCCCAACCAUUGGAGACGUCGUCAGUCCUAAGUUUGAGAUCACCUCUGUGGGCUUCAUGGAUGUCCGUGAACUGAUUCACAUACCAGCUGUUGUCCAGAAAGAAACUUACGUUAACAGGAGUAGCGUGGAGCAGAAGCACAGGUUUAGUAUGUCGUGGACAAAAGCUGAGUGUGCAACAACCACUUGGAAUCAUACUUGGGGUUUGAACUCCACUCUGACUUUUGAUUGUGCAUUUAUAAAAGCAGCAAUCUCAAUCUCAUACUCGGGAUCGUACGGCACCAGCUCCACGAAACAGACAUCCAUCACCUUGGGCAAAGAGACGGAGGUCACCAUCCCACCCCAUAAAAAGAUAACUGUUAAAUUAGUAGUCAACAAACAGGAAAACUGUCAGGUCCCAUUUACUGCUAAAAUUAAGAAGAUUAAGAGCAGUGGAGAUGUACAGGAGCUCACUGAACAGGGUACAUGGAGGGGGGUGAUUUAUGAAAAUGUGAUUGUUGAAGUUGAGGAGGAGGAUUUGUGAAGAGCAGUAAUCAGAUAUAACAGCAACAUCUCCCCUAAGCGAGCUGGUGAAAUACAUGUAAUAAAGAUGAAUCUAGAAAUUCAUGUACUUUACAACCAACAUGGAAGAGUCUUACUGGAUAAAUUACCCUGAUGGUCAUACAGUCCUGUCUGACUGUGUCUCAUAUAUGUCAUGACCUGCUCAUACCAUCCCCUUCAUUACCUCGUGUGGAAUUCCGACGUGAGCAGCUGUCCCGUCUUAUUCCUGAUCAGUCCCUUGUAUUUAGUCCGUGUUCGAGUCUGUUUCCCCAGUCCUGUCGUAGACGUUUUUACCGUGUUGCUCUGCCAACAAUAACCCCCCUUGAUUUUGUGUCUCCAUGUGCCUGACCCUGAUUCCCCGCUUCCUGUUUGCUCUCCCUGCACACGGUCGUCACAAUAUAAGCUUACCGUACUGCUCUAAUUUUGUUAAAUUUUCCUUUUUACUUUUAAUUUACUUUUGAAAUAUGGUCAAACAUUAUUAAUUUGUAAAAUGUGUUUUUCUCGCUGUGCCCUAUGCAUAUCGUACAUGUAUAUUUUUUAUCUUUUAGAGAUGUGCAGUGAAUGAACAAGCUAAUUCUUUUGCACUUGUCUCGCUCUCUGAUCAAACCUACUGAUACAAUAACAUUGAAGAACAAACCUUUAUGGACCGAAGCGCCCUGCAUGCUGUGUGGUUAAUGCGAAGUGCUUCCACACAAAUGAUGCUUUUGCUCUGUAGUUGGACUUUCACCCUCUAUGCUUCACCAUCCUUCCAGCAUAUUGCCGACAGAUCGAUUAGGAAAGUUUAAAUCAAUGCUUUUUAAUAAUCGUGUAAUCGAGUUUAAUUGAAUAAUCGUGACAGCUCUGCACAUUUCGUAUGUUAAUCAUUCUAUAUAUUUUAAUACUUUGUAGGCUUAUUGCUUGACAUCCUGUCAUUUUUUUCUUAUCCACUUUAAACGUAAUUUCUAAAUAAAUGCCCUGUCUGUGAAUGGUGUGGUGUUAUUUUGAUAUAAUGGAGAGUAAGGGCUUCCUUCUUAAUUCAACCAAGGAGACCUCAAUCGUUUGAGUCGACAAGAGUGUUUAUCUUUUAGAACAAUGUGAAUGUACGGAAAAGUGAUUUGGUGAAGCCCGUCUCUUGGUUGUCGGCUCCAUUGUCACUGAAGCUGACAGAUCUGGCUGGGAGAUCAGGCAGGAGGCGAAGGAGCUGACCCUGGGCCAGGACGGGGAGCCGAAGGCGGUGCAGGGGAGGAGAUUCAGAACUUCAGACGUUCCACCAUCUUCUCAAGGAAGCACCAGAAGUAGGAGCUCAUCACCAAAAAUAAGCUCCACUCCUUUGGAGAGAGACAGCAGAAGCGAGUGCAGGUUACAGGAAAAGAUCAUUUCUGAAGCAGAAAAUGGCAAUUGUCGCUGGUUUCGGUCCACUUGAAGCCUUCAUUGGGGCAGAAGAGGGAGUGGCUCUGACUGAUGUCAAUGGCAAAUACUGGAGUCCGAUUGAACGGAAGGGAAUAUAUUCUAUUGAGUGCUGCAAGGAGGCAAAAGACCCUUGGUGCAAGUUCCUCAUAGAAAAGGUCGGGCACCAUAGAGUUCGCAUGACAGAUCUGAGAGGGGUAUACCUCAGUCGAAUUCAGAGAGGCAGUAUUAACUUCACUGAGGCAGCUAAGAAUUCCCCUGACAUAUGUUGUGAAUUUGAAGUCUUCAGGAAUGGUGGGAAGGUUUUGUUUAGAGCUGACAAUGGUAAAUAUCUGAGUCUCAUUGACCGUGGACUCCUCAACAUUGAAGCUGCCAAGGACGGGCCGGACAAGUAUUGUGAAUUUACCCCAACCAUCGGAGACAUCAUCAGUCCUGAGUUUGAGAUCAUCUCUGUGGACUUCAAGAAUGUCCUUCCACUGACUCAAAAACCAACUGUGGUGAAGAAAGAAACCUACACAAACAGCAGUAGCGUGGAACAGAAGCACAAGUUUAAUAUGACUUGGACGAAAACUGAGUCUGCAACAACCACUUGGAAUCAUGCUUGGGGUUUGAGCUCCACUGUGUCUUUUGAGUGUGAAUAUAUAGUAAAAUGUAAAUCAGAAGUCACAAUCUCAUACUCGGGAUCGUACGGCACCAGCUCCACGAAAGAGACAUCCAUGACCUUGGGGGAAGAGACGGAGGUCACCAUCCCACCCCGUAAAAAGGUAACAGCUAAUUUAAUAAUCAGCAAGCAGGAGGACUGUGACAUCCCAUUUACUGCUAAAAUCAAGAAGAUCAAGAGCAAUGGAGAGGUGAAGGAGCUCACUGAACAGGGCAUGUGGAGGGGUGUGAUUUAUGAAAACGUGAAUGUUGACAUCAAGGAGGAGAAUCUGUGAGUGAAGUGGAGCCGUGACACUUAAUAAGCAACAUGCUUUCUUCUAAUUAUCUACAAAUAACACAAAGGAAGAAACCUUAGUUUAUCAUCAGCAGGAGGAAAUGCACCAUGGAUUCAAUGCCCCGGCCUCCGUAACAGCAGAAGCAGGAGAAGCAGAAAGAGAAUCUUAUCUCAUAACGUCCUCUCUGGCUCACUUUUAUGUCGACUUAUUUUAACUGUGUAAAACUAGUCUUUUAUGAUCAGACUCAUAUUUUAUUUUUUCCCUGCUUAAUUUAUUUGACAAAUAGGGUCAAACAUCAUUAAUUUUUAAACGAUGUACCGUAUUGCUUUCCUUAACCCUUCUCCGCCCGCGGCGCGCAGGCGACUUCCCAGUUCCACGCCCAUGUUUGUGUGACUAAAGAUUGCAGUCUUGCAGUUGUUUUCAUUCGGUCACGUUUUCGAACAUAACAGGUGGUAACAACUUCCCUUAGGUUAUUUGUCCAGUUUUUUACAAUUACGCUUUAAUAUUUGUUUGAGGAAUAACAGCAUACCUUAUAACAAUCGUAUAAUUAACACUUUAAUUAAUUCAUUUAUUUUUUGUUCGUAGUUAUUCGUGGUAGACAAGUAGCCAUGAAAGACAAUAGUUACACCCCAACCACAGAUGGAUCGUUCCGACUGGUCCACUGGCUGAAUCGAAAGAUCGGGCGGCACAUGUGACCAAUGACAGGAUUCGGAAGGCGCGGCGGAGACAGAAAACCAGGCCAAUCCUGGAGGUUGCGUUCGCAUCCUGUGUUUAAUGGUCCUACGGUUUUGCAGCCAAUGUUCUAUGUUGCCCUUUCGAUACGUUCACAGCGACUUGCGGUGGAUUACAGACAUUACAGCAGGCAUUAAAUCUCAUUAAAUUACAAUAACAUUUUGUGAAAACUGUUACUCAUGUACUUUAAUAUGAAUUUCAAAGUUAACGAAAAAUAAGGUAACCAAUGUCUUAACACUUUGUAUGUUAAACCUAUACUUUACAAAUAUAUUUUCAUUUAUGUGGGACUUUAUGUGGGAUGUAUUUUACAUAAGUUUUUAUUAUUUGUUCUACAUUUUGCCUCAUAUGCCUAACAUCAAUUUAUAGUAGAGGGACAAGUUACAAUUUGGGUGUGUUUCCUUAUAUUUGAACCCACGGCUUUUGCGUUGCUAGUUAAAUAACUAAACAUGGUUGCUUCUGCAAAUGGGAACCCGGAGUGCAUCCUAGUGAACUUAGUGGAGGGGCGUUUAUUUGAUUUUUAUUCAGAAACGAUUACUUUCUCGCAAAUGCAACGUGUUUCUCAAUAUAAAAGGUCAAUUUCUCAUUAAAAAAAUACAAAAAUGGCA